UGGGAAUUGUGCCAACAAUUAUCCGAAAAUAACCAAAUGGUGAGAGAUACUGGUAUUUACCCAGACGGAUUGAUUAGGUGGUCCGCAAUGGGACAUGAUACAAUUGGUCGGCUCCUUGGUUCAAUUUUUAACUUGGGCUUAACAGCAAUAGUAGAGAAAGAAGAUGAAAGAGGC